CAGUGGUUUUGGAUCUGGACCUGGUCUAAUGUGGUCUACAAGUUUCCUUUACAUUUCCCCUUAACUGCCGAAUCGGAAGCUACGAAUCGGAAGCCAACUUCAGCGUCGUUUACCUAUGACAGUUCACCGUACGACAAUGGCAGGAGUCGAGGCUACACAACCUGAUCAGGUUUCCAAAACAAGCAGCCUGCCACCUGAAGGAUAUGAAAAGAAAUGUAUUUUCUGCAAGAUCGUAAACAAUGAAAUGGGCACUGAGCUUCUUCACUGUGAUGAGGAGAUCUCAUGUUUUAGAGACAUUAAACCUGGAGCUCCCCACCAUUACCUGGUCGUCCCAACCAAACAUGUAGGGAAUUGUAAAACACUCAGCAAGGAGCAUGUGCCUUUGGUGAAGCGGAUGGUGGAGACGGGGAAGGAGCUCCUCCAGAAAAACAACGUAACAGACCUCAGCGAUGUCAGGUUCGGUUUCCACUGGCCCCCAUUCUGUUCUGUUGCACACCUACACCUUCAUGUCCUGGCACCUGCCAGUCAAAUUGGCUUCAUGUCCCGCCUCUUCUACAAGCUCAACUCCUAUUGGUUUAUCACGGCAGAUCAGCUGAUUGAGCUUCUCAACUCUAAAGGCGAGACCAACUAAUCACUCGCUUGGGAUCCAGUUCUGACCGUAAUUGACUUUGAUGUGACUGAAACAUCCACCUUCUUGCAGAUGUCAUGUUGGAUGAUACACUCACAUAAAGUCGCUGUCUGUUUAGUUAAUGACACUAUUGAAAACUGGUGACAUGUUUGUAACCUGAGACCACUCUUCCGACUGGAAACCAAAUGAAGGCUCGAAUGAAGUUUCUUCCUACUUGCCACAAAAGUGAUUUAAAAAAAUGUUUUUUUACAGGAGAAUGUUGAAUGCGUUUUUUCUUUUUACUCAAUGGAAAGUUCAACAAUGGAUAUGCCAACAUAAUUUACAAGCUUUUUUAUUUCCUGGCAUGCUUAAUGCUCUGAUAAUCAGAUUUUAUGGAUGUCUGAUUGAGAAAAAAAGAAAGAAAUGUAAGAUGUACAUGUAAGAAAAAUGAAUUUGUCUAAUUCAAUUUGACAUAACACAUUGGAUAGUCAGCUCAGCUACGUUGAGUUAUCUCAUAGUUUUGUGGCCUCGGUGAAGUGGGUCAAAGCUCAGAGUAUUAUGAACUAUUUACAGCGCUCCUUUACAGCUAAGUGAUCCUCUAACACUGUAUGCUAACUGAUCUCAACAAGCACUAAAAUAUAGCCAGGUAUUUGUUUAUACGUGUUCAUCUCAUGUUUCAUUUGAUGCAAUGUCCUAGGAUUGUGUUGAAAUACUUCAUUAGAUACACUAAUGGUAUUGUGCAUGAAGUGAAUAUGUCAUAUGAUCAUAUUAAGGAAUGUAAAGAAAGAAAACCACACUGUAUGUACUGUACACAAGUGUAUGCACUUUAAGAAUUAAUUUAACUUGGAAUAAAUAAUACAUUGCUGCUCC